CCUUUGCUUUCCUAUUCUUUAAUUAGCCGCGGCCUUCCUGCCUUUGUCACGUACUACUAGUGCUAGUCAUCACUGUAUUAGAUUUAGGAAUCUCUUCUCUAUAGUUAUUAGUAUUACUCCUACCACGGAGUGGUCAUUAGCUUAGCUAGUGUUAGCGAGCUCCACUGCCAGAUCAAGAAGAAGCUAGAGAGAGAGCAGAGGAGCAAGCAGAUCAAGAAGAAGAAGACGAGGAAGAUGCACGCCAAGACGGACUCGGAGGUGACGAGCCUGGCGCCAUCGUCGCCGCCGCGGUCCCCGACGUCGCGCGGCGGGCGGCCGGUGUACUACGUGCAGAGCCCGUCGAGGGACUCGCAUGACGGGGAGAAGACGGCGACGUCGGUGCACUCGACGCCGGCGCUGAGCCCCAUGGGGUCGCCGCGGCACUCGGUGGGCAGGGACUCCUCGUCCAGCCGCUUCUCCGGCCACCCCAAGCGCAAGGGCGACAAGUCCAGCUCCGGCCGCAAGGGCGCCCCGGCGGGGAAGGGGUGGCAGGAGAUCGGCGUGAUCGAGGAGGAGGGCCUCCUCGACGACGAGGACGAGCGCAGGGGCAUCCCCAAGCGCUGCAAGUACUUCCUCAUCUUCGUCCUCGGCUUCGUCGUCCUCUUCUCCUUCUUCGCCCUCGUCCUCUGGGGCGCCAGCCGCUCCCAGAAGCCACAGAUAGUCAUCAAGAGCAUCACGUUCGACAACUUCAUAAUCCAGGCGGGGACGGACGCGUCGCUGGUGCCGACGGACAUGGCGACGACCAACUCGACGGUGAAGCUGACGUACCGGAACACGGGCACGUUCUUCGGGAUCCACGUGACGGCGGACCCGUUCACGCUGUCGUACAGCCAGCUGACGCUGGCGUCCGGCGAUCUCAACAAGUUCUACCAGGCCCGGAGCAGCCGGAGGACGGUGAGCGUGGGGGUGAUGGGGAACAAGGUGCCGCUGUACGGCGGAGGGCCGACGCUGACGGCGGGGAAGGGCAGCGGCAGCAUGGCUCCGGUGCCGAUGAUCCUGAGGACGACGGUGCACUCGAGGGCGUACGUGCUGGGGGCGCUGGUGAAGCCCAAGUUCACACGCGCCAUCGAGUGCAAGGUCCUCAUGAACCCCGCCAAGCUCAACAAGCCCAUCUCCCUCGACAAGUCCUGCAUUUACCUCUGAAUCCAUCAUAUUCAUUCAUUAUUAUCACCUGCUCCUCGGAUCACCUCCAUUCCUGCUGCUUCUUUCUUCCUUUCUCUCUACGAUCUGAUCUGUGCAUUCUUCCUUUUCUUUUUUCCUUUUUGCGGAUCCAACAACAGCCAUAAAUAUGUAUGUACUGUAUUUCCCAGUCAGAUUCGUUAUUAUACCAAACGAUCAAUUCGUUGCAGAUUGAUGAGAUCGAUCGAUCAGGUGGCAGAAAAUGAAAUACACAGAGCUGAGUAUGCUUAUCUUUCGAGA